CAUACCGAUUGGCAGCAAAAAAAAAUGUUCGGCUUUAAGAAAUCGCCCGCAGAGAAACCGCCCCGGCAGCAAUCAGUGGACGCGACAAACCCUUUCGAUUCCGACGAAGAAUCAGGCGCCAAGAAGAGCACAACGAUUACACCUGCAAGAAGAACUUCUUCCGAACCGGCACUUAUCAUUCCGGACGAUUCCGAUGACGACUUUUUCGGAAGAGGGCCGGCAUCUUCUUUGAGGAACAAGCACAAGAAGAAAGAUCUAGAAAGUAUGUCCGUUCAAGAAUUGGAGGGCUACGCAGUUGACCAGGCCGAGCAGACGACUAAGUCGGUCAACAAUUGCUUGAGAAUUGCCGAAGAUAUUAGAGAAGACGCCACCAAGACACUCGACACUCUGCACCAGCAGGGAGAGCAGAUCCACCGUACGCAUGUCAUGGCUGCUGACAUGGACCGUGACCUCAGCAAGGGCGAGAAAUUAUUGAAUAAUCUCGGAGGCAUGUUUUCUAUGCCGUGGAAGCCUAAGAAGACGAAGAACAUUACAGGCCCGAAAACUUCCAAAGAUGAUAAUACUACAGGAAAGAGAAGUUCAGCAGAGCAGAGAGAGAAGUUAGGUUUAGCUCCAGCACACAAAGGCUCUAAAACACCUCCUCCCGAACCGACAAACGCUCUGCAGAAAGUUGAGUUGGAGAAGGCAAAACAAGACGAUGCACUAUCGGACCUUGGAGAUAUAUUAGGUGAAUUGAAGGGCAUGGCUGUUGGCAUGGGAUCUGAACUCGACAGGCAGAACAAGGCUCUUGAUGACCUUCAAGAAGAUGUCGACGAACUAAAUUCUCGAGUGAAAGGAGCCAACCAACGUGCACGUAAAUUGAUUGGAUAGUUAUAUUAUAUAUAGACUAGAGAAAGCUAAAUAUUAAAUAUCAGCUUAUAUUUGUAAUUCAUUAUUUUUUUUACCCUUUUGAAUAUUCUUGUUUCUGUAGCCAUUUCUUGGGAAAAUAGUUUAGGCAAGUUGUAAAUUUAAUUUUGAUUUGUUUAUUUCCAUUAUAAAAGAAUUUAUGAGAGUUUUCUUACCAGCAAGUGAACUAACUUGUUCUUGAACAUAACCUGCAAAUUACUUGUGAAAUAGCAAUUC